AUGAGCGAUUCUCAUAAAAAGUUUGCGCGCGAGUUGGAACAAGUUUCAUCAGCAUCGUCGGGUGUAGUGUAAGAGUACUUUAUUAGUGUUUUGGCUUGUCAUUAGGUUGUUCAUAUAAUUCUGUGCUUCUUAAUAUCAAAAAUUUGCUUUGGGAAGGGGCACAGAAUUAUUUGAAAAAUCUAUUAUUAUUCUUUUGACUUGUUGUUACUGGUUUUUUUGGAAUUUUUUGCUUUUUUUAACUUGUAAUUGGCGUUUUCAUCAAAAAAAUAGAUGACAAUAGGUAUUAUGGUAUUGUUUUUUGUAUACGAGGCGAUAUGAAGUUGGUUUGUUUAUCUACAAGUAGAUUAUUGUAGCCUUUUUCAGCUCGAAAGACUAUGAACCGAUCCCGAAAUGGACUACAGGUAUGGAAGGGUACCAUUACAUUUCAUUGCUUGGAUGUGGAGCGUAAGUUCUUUUCUUACAUCUAUGGUUUGAUGAAUAAGAUAUGGGUGAAGCUGCUUGAAUAUAAGCUGAUUUGGUACUUUUAGGAUUACAAACUUAGAAAAGACACUAUAGUGCACUCGUUAUAGCUCAAUAUUAUUAGUUUUUGAACUUAUUAAGUUGUUCAAAUAAUUUUGUGCCCCCUGGCUGUCAAAAUUUGUUUUUAGACGGGGCACAGAAUUAUCUGGACAACUUAAUAUUACGGCCUAAUAUUUAUUAUCAAUUUUAGUGUUGGAGACGUGUUCAAAGCUCGAAAUGUCGUGGAAAACCGAUUCUGUGCCAUAAAAUACAUGUCAUUUGCGCCUUGUAAUAGAAAGGACAUUGUAAGUUAUUUUGAUAUAGUGGUCAAAAAGUCUUUAGAAUUGAGUUAUAUUGGGUUUUCUAUCAGAAAAUUAGGGUUUUUGAUGAUUUUUAUGCUGUUUUUGAUUAUUUUGACCGUGUUUUGGUCAAACUUUAUAUGAUUAGGUAAUGAAAAUACAGUAUCUUACACUGUGCAUUAAGUACAAAGUGUCAACAUUAACUUUGAAGCCAUGUUUUACUUAAUUUUAGCUAUUCAAACCUGUUUAGAGGCUUAUAUCUGAAUAUUGUUUUAGAUUCGCGAAGUCAAAGCCCUGAACUAUUUAGCGCAUCCAAACUUGAUUGACAUGCACACCGUCUCAUUGGUGGAUAAGGACAUGGUCCUCAUCGUCACACCAUUGUACUACAGUCUGGCUAGACUACUGGUUCAUUCGGUCAAGUUACAGGUAUGGGGAGGUUUGGGUUUUCGAGCUACGGGGUGGGGUAGAUAGAGCAGGGCAGGGUAAGGCUAUUAAUGAUCUACACCUUAUUUUAGCGCUACAACGCCCUAACCCCGCCCCACAUGCCAAUGAGCGAAAAGUGUGCCGGCGAACUGAUGUAUCAGCUGUUGAGUGGGGUCAGCUUCAUGCACGAACACGGAUUCAUGCAUCGUGACCUGAAAAGCGAUAACCUGAUGCUGGAUAGCUAUGCAACAUUGAAAAUUGUGGAUUUUGGCAUCACAAGGCCGUUUACCAAAGCUGAUCUGGAAGGUCUAGGCAAAAUGGGCACUCCAUGUGGCACACCCUACUUUAUGGCACCGGAAAUUGCAGUCAGGCUGAUUGAGGACAAUUGCCCGAUGUAUGAUGUAAGGGCUGAAACAUGGUGAGGAAUUUUGGAGUUUUGGGGCUUGUAUUAGGUAAAGGUUGUUCAAAUAAUUCUGUGCUCUUUACCAAAGAAAAUGUUUGGGGCACAGAAUUACUUGAACAACGUAAUAUAUUAAGUUGGCUAUAUCUUCAAUCCAAAUUUUUUUUUCUCAGGGGGCUCAGAAUUACUUGAACAACAGCUAUAUAAUGCAUUUUCAGGAGCUGUGGAGUUGUGCUUUGCGAAUGGCUGUUCGUGAAGCCACCUUAUCACAUGUACGAUUGUGAUACGCACAGCUACUAUCAGUGCAUGAACAUACUUCAAUAUGAGGUAAGUUUUUUUGUAUUUUUCUUGUUGUUUUAGGUACUUGUUGGUGCAUUCUUUUUGAUUUUUGACCUUUUAUACGUCGGGAAUGCUUAAACAGUAAGAAGCGUUAUUGUAAUAUGAUGAGUACUUUUGACAGUAUGAAUAUGUAUCAAAGUAUGAUAGAUACUUCUUACUGUAUGAAUGCUUAUUACACUAUGAGUACUUCUGACAAUGGUCAUUACAGUACGAAGGUUUAUCAAAAUAUGAUGAGUACUUUUUGUAAUACGAAUGCUCAUUACAAUACGAAUGAUAAUUACAGUAUCAAAGUUUUAUGAUGAGUACUUUUUACAUUAUGAAUGGUCAUUACAUUACGAAGCUCAUUUCAGCACUAAAAGCGUCUUUUCAGGGCACUGCAGACUGGGAGAACAUGUACGAGGAUGUGCCAUUGCAAAUCAAGCGAAAGCUGUCGAAAAAAUGCGUCAAUUUCAUUGAGAAUUGUCUGAUCGGAAACGCGGCCAAAAGAAAAACGGUUCAAACUCUAAUGUCUGACAAAUGGGUAACACAAUACAAGGACAAGAAGAAUAAACACGUGUUUGAAGAGCUCCUGAACGACAAGGUACUGGACAGGCUGAGGAGAGAACACGAAGAGAAGAACACUUUGGUUUGGUACGCAAAACAAGUACCAUCAGAUGGAAAGUGUUUUGUCAUGUUCUUGUUUGAUUUUAAAGGAAAGGUAAGGGUUAUCCUUAUACAACAUGUUAGGUUUCUAUGCGGUGUUCUUACUGUGGUAAAAAUUGUCUAGGGGGGUGAUUUUACUCUAAAAAGUAAAUUUUUUAGUUAGAUUUGAAAGAAAAAUGAAUUUUCAUGGUUAUAUUAAUAUAGAAAAGUCGAUUUUAAUGCAGUAUAAGAUCUGUUUUUAGGCGUACAAUGUCAAUUUCUAUGUAGGAUUGAUGACUGAUCGUCGAAGCGACCGAAGCGCCGAACAAACCAUUCGAAUGCAGCUUCUACAGCUAGCUAACAUUGGGGUACUUGAGUAGGUUUUUGACUAAAAUUAGCUCUUUCACAAGUUUUAGUUAUUUUUUUGGUCAUAAAAAUUCAUUUAACACUUUUUGAAGCAUUCAUUGAGCUAUAACUUAAGUUUUUUGUUAUUUUACAUUGUGUUGCACGUGAAAAAGCGACAAGACUUUUGACGUUAAAUAAAAUUGAAUUUAGCUAGUUUAAAGCUUCUAAAAUUUGAAAAAAUCAAUUUCAGUGGCCGCCUCUACUUCAUAUACACUCAAAAAACCAUCCGCCUGGUCACAAAGUACAGUGAGGAACAUCAAGUCGCGGCACAUUUGUCCGAGUACACUGAUCACGGCGACUUUGCCACUUUCAAAGAUCACUGCAUGAUCGUUGUGGGCAAGAAUCAAGACGAAUGUCUGAAUGCAAUCAAAUCAGAAGUCCCGGAAGUGUUGCCAGUCUUGGAUGACGCUGAGAAGGAAAUCGACUUCAAGUUUGACGAGAAACACUUUAUGAAAGAUGAGGAGAGAUUUGGUCGAAGCUCGGCUAAACGGUAAGAAGGUUUUUGGUUGAAAUUGAUGAAAUUUGGGAUAUAUUUGAGAAGAAUAGGGGUAGAUUGGAUGAAAGUAGGGGUAUAUUAUGGGAAUAGGGGUGUAUUUAAUUAGAAUAGUAAUAGAUUUAAAGAAAGUAGAGGUAGAAUUGUUAAAAGUAGGGGUAGAUUUAAUAAGAAUAGGGGUAGAUUUGUUAAAAGUAAAGGUAAAUUUGAUGAAAGUAGGAGUAGAUUUGAUGGGAACACGGGUAAAUUCGAUGAAGAUAGGGGUAGAUUUGGUGAAGGUAAGAGUAUUUUAAUGGCGUAGUAGUAGAAUUGAUAAAAAGAAGGGUAGAUUUGGUAGGGAUAAGAGUAGAUCUGUUGAAAUGGCGGGGACUUUUGGCCUGGGGGCAGGGGUCCUAAAAAUCGGCACAGUGCCGAUUUUUUGCGAAAAUUUUUUUCCAAAAAUCUACAGGGGGGCCACGUUCAACUUUUUUCGAAAAUUUUUUUCUGGGGGGGUACCCGAUGACAUAAAACUAUGAGAUUUUUUUCGUGGACAAGAAUUUAAGGUUUUCGUCCAAGGUACAAAUUAAAAGUAUAUAAUUCAAGGGUUAUAUCGUAAGGUUAUUUUAUCUUAAAAAAUAUUGUUUUAGCUUAUCUAAAAUACAGUAAGCUUUUUGUAUAACAAGCAACUUUUUAAAGUAUUUUUAAAGAUUUAAAAUUUUUGCAACAUAAAUUGAAGUUUUUGACGAAUUUUGUAUAUUUUGUUGGAUUUUCGAAUAUUUUUUUAUUUUUGUUGCUUUUAGUGAUGCACCCCCACGCAAACCAGCGCCAUCGACUGGCAAAAGUCUGCGCGAACGAAUGAGUAACCGUCGAAGAAGUGCUUCCAAGUAUUUGGACUCAAUAUUUGGAUCUAACAAAUUACGCUUCAAUUGA